AGUAUAUUCAAGUCCCCUUAAACCCUAAUUUUGGGCUGUCAUUUGUUUGUUACUUAAAGUAAAUAAAUCUGUGGUGUAUCGUUUAAAUUAGCAGUCGCUCGUCAGAGACAGUGAUGGCUAUGGCAGUGUCAGAGGAAAACCCUAAUUCUAAUUCCAAAGUUGAAAGCAAGAAACGAAAGAGGAACAAGAACAAAAAGACUGGAGGUGAAGAAUCGGAUUUAGCAGUAGCUCAUGUUAAGGCAGAUGAGGAAGAGAAGAAGAAGAAGAAAAAUAAGGCGAUUGUAGAAGAUAAGACAGAGACGGAUGAAGGUUUGGACACAGAAGAAGCGACUGAAGAAGAAGAAGAGGAGGAGGAGGAGGAGGUGAAGAAGAAGAAGUCUGGGAUCAUGAGCAACGAUCCGUUUACUGCUUUGCCGUUGUCUGAUCCAACGAUGAAAGCCAUUUUGGAUAUGGGCUUUAAGUAUAUGACUCAGAUUCAAGCCAGAUCAAUUCCUCCUCUUUUGGAAGGAAGUGAUGUUCUCGGAGCUGCAAGAACAGGUUCUGGUAAAACUCUAGCUUUUCUUGUACCAGCAGUUGAGCUGUUAUAUCAUGCUCGCUUUGCUCCUCGAAACGGGACUGGUGUUGUUGUCAUUUGCCCGACAAGGGAGCUCGCAAUACAGACUCAUGCAGUCGCCAAGGACCUUCUCAAGUAUCACUCACAAACUCUUGGGCUGGUAAUUGGCGGUGCAGCCCGAAAAGGAGAAGCUGAGCGGAUUGUGAAGGGAGUAAAUUUGUUGGUAGCUACCCCUGGUCGACUUCUUGAUCAUCUCCAGAACACCAAAGGCUUUAUCUAUAAGAACCUUAAGUGCUUUGUGAUUGAUGAAGCGGAUAGAAUUUUGGAAGCCAACUUUGAAGAAGAAAUGAAGCAGAUAAUUAAAAUCUUACCAAAGACAAGGCAAACUGCUCUUUUUUCUGCCACUCAAACAAAGAAGGUCGAGGAUCUUGCGCGCUUAUCAUUUCAAACUACUCCGGUGUAUAUUGACGUAGAUAAUGGGAGAUCCAGGGUGACGAAUGAAGGUUUGCAACAAGGUUAUUGCGUGGUGCCAAGUGCAAAGAGAUUCAUACUUCUUUACUCUUUCUUGAAAAGGAAUCUGUCAAAGAAAGUGAUGGUUUUCUUUUCUUCAUGCAAUUCGGUUAAGUUUCACUCUGAGCUUCUCAAGUAUAUUCAAAUGGAUUGUUUUGAUAUUCACGGGAAGCAAAAGCAGCAGAAACGAACUUCCACAUUCUUUGACUUUUGCAAAGCAGAGAAAGGAAUCUUGCUGUGUACUGAUGUUGCUGCUCGUGGUCUCGAUAUCCCUGCUGUGGACUGGAUUGUGCAGUAUGAUCCUCCAGAUGAACCAAAGGAAUACAUUCAUCGAGUGGGUCGUACGGCUCGUGGAGAAGGUGCAAAAGGAAAUGCUUUACUUUUCCUUAUCCCGGAAGAGGUGCAGUUUCUUCGCUACCUUAAGGCUGCAAAAGUACCAGUUAAGGAGUACGAGUUUGAUGAAAAGAAGAUGGCUGAUGUGCAGUCUCACCUGGAAAAAUUGGUUGGCACCAACUAUUACUUGAACAAAUCAGCUAAAGAUGCAUACAGAUCAUACUUGUUAGCUUAUAACUCACACUCCAUGAAGGACAUCUUUAAUGUUCACCACCUGGAUACACAGGCAGUUGCAGCGUCAUUCUGCUUUUCGGAUCCUCCAAAGGUAAACCUGAACAUAGACAGCAAUGCAUCAAAAUUCAGGCAAAAAUCACAAAGAAGCCGAAAUGGAUUUAGUGAAAGCAAUCCAUAUGGCAGAAACCGUGAUGACAAAACCCAAGUUGUAAGAUAUUAAUUAGCAGCCUGACUGCCGCUGUGCCCAGUUUUGACUUUAAUUUUGUUACAAGUGUUUUUCUUUUAUACUGUACACCGGUUAAGGUUGAUUGAAUGGUUCAUUUGUGCACCAAGGAUGAGUUUGCAUACAAUUUAAGACGUCGCUGUUUAAGUUUAAAA